UUUUUGUUAUUUUCUUUUUCUUUGAGGAUACUUUGUAUUAAAUAAAUUACAUGAUUUUGAUCUAUUUAGGAUAUACUUUUACUUUAAAAGGAAAACAAAGUGUUAUAAAUCAUUCUUAAUUUCAAAAUACUUUCAGGCUUCCAAUUAAUAAAAGCUUUAAAGACCUAAAAAUUAAAUUCAACUUAUUCAUUUAAAAAAUUUUCAGACCAUUAAAGUUGGAAAUAAUUUGUAUCUUUUUCAUUUACUUAUUGUAAAUUUAAAUUACUAGUAGUAGAAAAAAUAGGUUAAAAUAUUUCAUGUUUAUGCAUAUAUAAAGUGUCAGAUAUUAUUAUAUUAGAACAUGAAAAAGUGGUAUUUUUUUCAAAAGGAGUUGUGCAUUGAAGAUAAAAUACAUCACUAAUAUCAAAGGAUAUUUUAUCACAUUAUAUAUUUAUUUAUUUCCAUUCAAUUGAUAUUUUAUUUUUUAUAUUUGGUGUAUUAUAUUAUUAUGUAUUUUGAAUUUUAUUUUAUUCAAAUUCGUUAUUUGAUUGAUUUGUAUUAAUAGUUUCAAUAUUGUAUUCUAUAUUUUCGAUUUUUUCUCUUUCCUAGAAAUUUUAAAGAGCGUUUUAGAAAAUAGAAAUGAAUUCCUAUAGAUCUUCUGGAUUAUUGAAUUCGAAAAUGCAUUCAGAUAAUUUGAUUUCAAGUUCGUUUUGGCUAUUUAUAAUAAAAAGUUCAUUUAGAGAAUUAUUUUCUGAAAAAUUGUUUGUCUUUAAAAUAUCAUCAAACUAAAUUAAUUUCAAAAGUUCUUCUUAUACAUAAAUAUAUAAAAUAUUUUAUGGAGAAAUUAAAAUUUCGCCUUCUGUAAAUUUCAGAUAUUUUUUUUCUUUAAAAAAGCCUUUUUUAAUUAUUAGAGAUUCUUUUAUUUUAUUUUCUUUUUCCAAUUUAUUUUUCACUAAUUACAUUUAUCUCUCCAACGACAUAAUAUUUCUUAAUUUUUUUGUUUCUUUAAGUACAUUUUCAUUUAUUUAAAUUUUCAAAAUAGGUAAAUUACCUUCUAUGACCAUCAUAUUUUUUUCAAUAUCAAAAUAAUUUUUUUACUAAUUCAUUACUUUUACUCUCAUAUUGUAAUCUUCAAUUAUUUUUACUAAUCCUUCUUAUUAUUAAUCCUCACUUUAAACCAUAUCUUUAUUAAUAUCAGUCUACUUACUUAAAUAAAACACUCCGAUAUUCAUAAUCUAGACAUGAAAAACAUCAUAUAUAUCUUCAACUUAAUCACUUAACAUGACUUGCAUAUUGCCUAGUUUAAAUACGAAACAUCCUGAAUCAGUUUCUUCGUUACUUAAAGGUAAGAGAAUUAUUUAUUAAGAAAUUUUAAUAUCUAGUCCUAAU